UUUUUUUUUUUUCCUUCAGAUAUACAGCUGAAAAUUCAGUAAAGAUUGGAGCAUUUAGAGACACUGAUCACCCUGUACUCAGACAAAUGUCUGCUCUUGAUGUUUGGAAAGAUGUUGUACGAUCUCUAGAUCCGGGGGUGAAAAUUACCGUUUUAACGAAUGGACCUUUGACGAAUCUCGCUCAAAUUAUACGUUCUAAAGCCAUAAGCUCAAGGAUUCAGGAGGUAUACAUUACUGGAGGACAUAUAAGUUCUAGAGACAAGGGAAAUGUGUUCACUAUACCUUCAAAUGAAUAUGCAGAAUUCAACUUUUUUCUCGACCCGACGGCUGCAGAAUUGGUUUUAGGCUCGGGAUUGAACAUCACACUUAUCCCAUUGAACACGCAACGAAACGUAAGUUCUUUCUCCAAGAUCCUCGAAAAGUUGAAGCAUGGAAACAGAACUCAUGAAGCACGGUUCGCUCGACGUCUACUCUUCAGGCUGUAUCGCCUUCAGCAGAAGUAUCAUCAGUACCAUCAUGUGGUAAAGUUACCUUAACUUGGAUUAUUCUAUAUAGAAUCUGCUUUUGUUCCUUAAGUUUCUUCAUCUGUGCUGGCUUUUGGUCAUCAUAGAGAUUUUUCAUGCUGAACAUGAAUUUAUAAUCCAUCUGCAUUCUAGGCUCUUUAGACAUUGAAUUUCCAUCCUAGUUGAAAAUUACAAUCAUUUUAGAUCGAAGUCAAAGUAGGCUUGAUAGCAUUUUGGACUCGUUUGAUCCUAUAUAGUUUUUAGUCUUUCGUUUUAUAAAAU